AUGGAAACUAGAGGAAGAAACUGGGCAAAAGAUACACGGGGAUCUCGUAUAGCUAAUCUUUUUUCAAGAAUAAAACAUAUUAAGGCAUCAUCUAAUAAGGGACGUCUACAAAAUGAAGAAAUAAAUAAUCAACAAGGAGCAGAAGCAAGACAAAAACGAUUUGAAAGAGUUCAAUCAAGAAAUAGAUAUGAAAAAUUAAAGCCCGAACGAGAACGUGAAAGAGAGGAAGCAACAAGACUUGGAUUGAUCGAUGAUCCAAAUAAGCCUAAACGGCUUAAUCAAGCAUUAACAUUUGUUGGAACAUGUCAAGAUAUGUGUCCAUUAUUUGAACGUGAGCAGAGAGAGUAUCAAAAAAAUCUUGAGCGCUGGGAAAUUAACCCAUUGACAGGAAGGGUAGAUAAAGAUCUCGCAGUUAAAGCGUUUCAUAGGCCAGCAGCAGGUAACGAACAGGCAUUACCAUCAGAUGUUCGUCCACCACAUGUUUUAAAAUCAACACUUGAUUAUCUUAUUGAUCGUAUUGUCUGUGGUGAAGAUAGUUUAUCUGAAACACAUAGUUUUGUUCGGGAUAGGACACGUUCUAUACGUCAAGACUUUACUUUUCAAAAUAGUCGUGGACUGGAAGCAGUAGAUUGCCAUGAACGUAUUGCACGAUAUCAUAUUCUUUGUUUGCAUCAAUUAUGUGAGGUUAAAAGUUUUAGUCAACAGCAGGAAAAUGAACAAUUACAAAAAGUUCUUCAAUCCUUAAUUGAGUUUUAUGAUGAUUUGCGAUGUCUAAAUAUUCAAUGUCCUAAUGAACCAGAGUUUAGAGCUUAUUAUAUAUUAUCACGUAUCCAAGAUCCAGAUAUCACUCGUCAAGCUCAAACAUUGCCUACAGAUUUAUUUUUUUCUUUUCCAAUUCAACAUGCGUUAAAAUUAUAUGCUUUAGUUCAAAGAAAUAACGAAAGAAUUGGGAUUCAUAAAACACCUAAUACUGAAGCAGCUCAAAAUCUUUUUACUCGUUUUUUUAAACUUGUUGCAAGCAAAGAAACUACAUAUCUUAUGGCAUGUUCUAUUGAAAUGCAUUUUACAAAUAUUAGAAAAGGUGCUUUGAAGGCAAUGAGACGCUCUUAUCUGGCUAAUCAUUCACCAUUCCCCAUUGAUGUGCUUGCUGAAAUGUUAGGAUGUGAUAGUAUCGAAGAAACUGCCAUAAAUUGCGAAUCAUAUGGCCUUACGGUUUACAGAAAUGCACAAGGAUAUCCUGUUUCUGUUCAUAUUCAUAAGUCUUCUAAAUGGGAUGAAACCCAACCUCCCAUUAAACAGAAAUUUUGUAAACGUCUAGUUGAAGCAAAACGUGGUUCACAAUCUUUUUCAGAUAUUAUUAAUGGAUCAAUGGGCGAGCCGUACCCUACAUAUUCUCUUUUUUCAACUCUUGAAAAGCCAGUCAAUGAAACAUUAGAAUUCUCUGUUCCAUAUUUAGAUUCAAAUACGCCUGCUUUUCAACCAUCACUAUUUAACAUAAAUCAAGAGACAAUUGAUAGACUAGAUUCAUCUACACUCACCUCAAAAGAAUUAUUUGAUAAUAUCAGGGAAAAUAAUAUUAAUAAAUUUAAAAAUAAAAAAGAUGAAGGAACUUUAGAUUUAGAAUCCAAAUUCCCACGGAUUUCCAAAGACAUUUCUUCUAACAAUAUUAAAAGUACAGACAAUAUUUUUGAAUCAUUAAAUCCUCAUAAUGAAAUAAAGAGUUCAUUUUCUAAUAAAUAUCAUUUUUAUGAUUCAUCAAGCAAUUUUAAUAAAAAUUUAUGUGAUUUAAAAAAUAUAACAGAUAAAGAACAACCUAAAAGACUUUCAAAACAUCAAUUUUUAGAUAUUUUAAACACAUUUUUCUUGGAAAUGAUGGAUAAUCAAAUAAAAGCAGUUAUUGCAACUAUAAAAACUGAAUUCGAAUCUCUUGAAAAAAGAAAUAAAAUUUUAAAAGAAUUUGCACAUGAAAUUACAGAGUCAUUAAUUAUAGAGAUAAUUUUUGAUGCAGUUUUUGAGUCUAUAGCAGAAAAUAUAGAUAAAAAAAGAGUUUUAAAAAAUAUAUAUAAAAUUAUAAAAAAAAAAUAUAAUUUAAGAGCAUCUCAAAAGAAAGAACUGGAGCAAAUGAGGGAAAAACAGAGACAAAAAUUGCUUCAAUAUUACUCUGCUUUAAAAGAAAUAAAUACAAUAAAUAUAAAAAAUAAAAACAAAGGAGAAAAAGCAUAUAGAUUUUUAAAUAAUGAAACAGAUGAAAAUAUGGCAGAAACUUUAAAGAAGACCCAUUAUCAUAUAAACGAACUCUGGAAAAACGAAGAUUUGACUAGUAUUCUUGUUUCAAAACUAAAACAUGAAUCAAAAAUAUCAUUUAAUUUUUGGCAACUUCUGAUUUUUUCUACAGAUUAUAGAACUCCAACUUCGCUUUGGUUAAGAGAAAAAUUUCAUUUAAAACCUGAUUUAACCGAAUUUGUUUGGAGAUUAACAACCGAUUUUGAUUUAAAUAUUGAAAUUAUAAUGCCUAUGUCAGAUACUAUAAAAAAAAACCAUUAUAAAAACAUAGGUGCUAUCGUUUUCGAAUGUAGCCCUCUGGAUACUCAAAACUCUCUAUUAUCUGCUAAAUGGGAUAUAUGGAAACAUCAAUUACAUACACUAAUUCAAAGCAUACCUUGUGAAAACAUAUUUAAAUUCCCUUUAUUAAUUAUUUAUUGGACAGAUCUAGAAUUAGAUAUUGAACCUAACCUGCUUUUUGAUAUACACUUGCUUAAAAAAACUCAUACACAAUUAACAAAUGUCAAUUUCUUCAAAAUUUCUUCAAUACAAGAAACAUAUUUAAAAACACCAUUUCAACAACUUCUUUCUUGCAUAUCAUUUAAUUCAAAUACACAUUUAUCUUCAGAUUUUAAGGGCAUUAAAAGAUUAAAACUUGAUGAUGAUAUUUUAUACAAUACAAAAAAUAACAUUACUUUAUUUAAAAAAAUACCUCAAAACUUACGAAAAAAAACAAGAAGAAACUCUUUCUCUUUUAACAUUCAAAAUAAUUCUGAAAGCUCAUAUUUAAAUCAAAUAAAUUCAUCUCAUUCAAUUAUACCAACAAUUAAGCCAAUAUCUAUUCAAAAGCUACUUCAUAAUAUUGAAACAGCACGGAAGUUAUUAACAUAA